CAAAGGCGGGAAAACUGCAACCCAAGACUCAUUCUGGCGCGAUAAAUGUGAAGGGUUUCCGCCAAAGGCGCCAGAGAGAGAAGGACAGAGUGAAGAUGGGGGCAAUUGAUUCCGCUAGUAUCCUCGACGAGAUUCAAUCUAUUGUUCACGAUAAACUUCAAGUGGUGUCAUACAAAUGGCUCAGCCGCUAUUUCUCUUUAUCGUCCAAUGAAGCCAAGAGGGUGCUUAAGGAGUUUGUUGAGCUUCGUGGUGGUGAGCUGGAAGUUCUAUACGCACUUUCUGGGUGGUUGAAGGACAAACCACAGAGCUAUUCUGUGGUACUUUCUCGGAAAGAUAAACUCUCUGGCAUACAAGAGGAAUUUAAAGAUGGUUCGGUUCAGGUGUAUAGCGUGCAAGCUUCCAUCCCAAAAGAUCCUGCAGCACUUGUAAGUGCCGAAUAUGUACAAGCAGAAGAGCUUUUUGGUCAAUCUUUGACAAAUGAGAAUUGUUUGUGGGACAACAGGUAUGGUGCAGUUUCAAAUUCUUUUGUUAAGCGUAGUGCUGAUGUGAAGCCUCUUAACAUUUGUUCAGUGGAGCCAAAGACUGCAGUUGUGAGUAAUAGCAUACUAAAGAAGCCAACCGAAUCAAAAACAUUUUCACCAAUAGUACCUCAGUCUUCUGUUGAGGUAUCAAAGGAACCAGUGAAACUGCAUAAUGGGAAUGGUGUUCAGUGCACUAAACCCAUUGUUGAUUCUGAGAAGGCCUCAGUUGCUUCUGCUGUUAGAAAGAAAGAUCAGAAUGGUAAGAAAUCAUCAGGAACUGGAGGAUCACUAGCAAAGUUGUGGGGUCGUGCCUCUUCGAAACCAAAAGUCAGCUUUUCUGCCACUGAUGCUGCCAAGGAUAGCUCAGGACCCAUCUCAAACUCGGAAGCUCAGAUACAUGCACAGGAAGAGGCUGAAGCCCUAAGCAGUGACGAUGAUGUGAAGGACCAUAGGAGAAGAGAUUCAAAUGGCAGUGGUGGUAGAAAGAGGAGGGUGGUUUUUGAUUAUUCAGAUGAAGAGGAUGAUGAAGCUGUAAUCAGUCUUGCAUCACCGGAGCCUCCUAAGACCCACACGGUUCUUAGUUCCAAAUGCAGUAAUAAUGAUUUGACUGUAGAGAAAAAACAAAUGGAUCUUGAUGAGCCCAAUAGUGACGGUGGUCUAAGCUUGAAUGAUAGUCCAAAAGGACACUGUGGAAGCAAGUCUAGGAUAUCUUCCUCGGAAUGUCUCCAAGGCAUAUCUGCAGAAGCAUCAAAUAACGAUCACAUUGAUAAAGUAAGCGCUUCUGCUGCAGUUCUACCCAGGAGAAAAAUUCUGAAGACAAGAAUUGAUGAUCGUGGAAGAGAAGUUACCGAGGUUGUAUGGGAAGGAGAAACUGAGGAAGAUAAUAAGGGCGCUACUGAUGCUGCUAUAAUUGCUAAGGAUAUCAAAGAUGAAAAUAAUGGUGUUGAAAAGAGUACUGGAAACAGGGCUCCUGCCGUUGUAAAAAUGCCCGCAGCUUCAACAAAUGCUGCGCCUCCUCACUUGCCAGUUAAGGCUGGAAGCAAGAAAACACCGAAGAACAAUGUGAAAGAUGUAAAACAAGGUAGCAUCACAGCAUUCUUCAAAAAGAUCUGAGGACAACAUAGAAACAGUUGCAUCUUAGCACGGCGUUCUUUUUUUCUAGUCAGCCUCUUGAAAUCCUGAUCUUUCAUGAAAAGAAGUGGAGUGGUCUAUGGAUUCGAAGAUGUGAAGACACGUGAUGGUGGAGUGCAUCGGUAUGUAGUUGGUUGGUGUGCGCGUUGAAUCUUUAGGCUGGGAGAAUACAUUGCAUAUUUCUUGGUCGGUAAUAACUUGUUCUGGAAUAUGUUGCGUGUUUUCAUAGAAAGUUGAGGUUUCAGAUAUUAUUGGUAGUGAGACAGCAAGCACUGUGGGCCAUGAAGCACCCAAAGAAAUGUGGGAAGAGAUUCAUUCUGUUCUCAAGGAGAGAGAGAGAGAGAGAGAUGUAAUAUCACUAAGAAGCCCAAGAAAAAUAGCCACACACGACCCCGGCUCGACUCGACGUUUAUUUUAUUCAGCUCGAGCUCUGUUCGAUUUCCAGUCGGGCUUUACAAUAUUGGCUUGAAUUGGACUUGAUCGAUCAUGUUGGAGUUAGAUAUCGAAUCAUUUAGAUCGAUAUGCUUUUGCUGUAGAGGAAAGAGGCACUUCCUAUCAGGUAUGCGUGUUGCUGCGAAGGAGGAGAAUGAUAACUCCAUGAAAGAAUCUUGCAGAAUUCUUGACUUGAAAAAGGGGUUUCGAAAACUUAUUGAAAAGAUGAAAAGCAAAGUUUAAAGCUUGGGCCGACAUCGUACUGCUAGUGAUCUCAGUGGUUAUCUGAGGCCGCCGAUGAUGGCUUCUGCAUUUUCAGGCAAGACCAAAACCCUUACGCCCCAAAACAAGUGAAAAUAUAAUGGGAAAAAAGAACUUCCCAUGCAGUGCGGGAGGCUGAUCUCACUUAUGGCCGACGAUGGCCUGAUUCGGCCAUAAGAUUCAUGGUUGGAGGUGAAAGCUUGAGAUAAAUUCAGAGAAGAGAGAAAGAACAUGUGAACAGGAAGGGUCAGGCGUCAAAACAACUUUUUAUUAUUUUUACAUAUUAUAAUUUGGGAAUCUUUUCAAUGGAAAUUAAUUACGCUUGUAAGACUCGAACUCCAGUUAGCUCACUGAAAGAGUUGACCUGGGCAACUCAAGCGUAACUCGUCUAGCAAAUGGCUUAGCACGAGCUUGAACUCGGGCCAAGCUUUAACAAGGCAAGCUCAAGUUACUUGGCUUGUUUGUUUAACGCCAUUGUUGUCUCUAGUUUUGUGUAGAAGCUUGAUAGCAAUAGAGGGAAACAAUGUUCAAGA